GUCUUCGAUCGUUUGAGGGGAAAAGGUGUUGAGGGAGCGAAGUCGAAAAGUCGAUCGGUGGUGUUCAAUUUGGGCCCGGAAGUGCCGCUUGCGCCGGGAAUGAAGUUCGCCCGGCUCCUUCGGGAGGCUAGAUGGAACCUCUGCUUCCUGCCCUACCAGGAAGACUUCAUCUAGCCUGCGGAAGGCGAUGUCAAGUCGGCGGCGGCUCGUUAGGUUGAAUAAUCGUCGGCUCGAAUCGAGGGGAAAAUGUGCGUUGUUAAGGGUUUGAUUAGCGUAUAGCUAAUCUGCCCCAGCGCGCGGCGGCAAACCGCGGGAACUGGGGCCCCUCCUUAGCAUGACACUAACAGCCCGUGCCAAGCCGGAGAGAUGUUUCGUGGAGGUUGAGCAGUUCAACAAGUCCAACGUGGAUGUGAUCGACAUCAGCAAGAACGGCAUCGCCAGCUUUACCGAGACCGGCAUCAAGCUGGAGGAUGGAACCCACUACGAGUUUGAUGUGGUUGCGAUUGCCACUGGAUUUGACAUCACCACCGGCGGCAUGACGAACAUGGGCCUGAAGAGCAUCCACAACACCAACCUCCAGGACGAGUGGAAGGCCGCGGCCAACACGUACCUCGGCACGACGGUGGGCGGCUACCCCAACAUGUUCCACAUGUACGGGCCCCACGGACCGACGCUGCUCAGCAACGGGCCCUCGACGGUCGAGGUGCAGGGCCGGUGGAUCGCCGACUGCAUCCGCAAGAUGGAGCGGGAGCGCGUGCGGUGGAUCGACCCGACGGCGGAGGCGACGCGGGCGUGGAAGCAGCGGAUCAACGCCCUCAGCGACGCGUCCCUGUUCCCGACGACGCGGUCGACGUACAUGGGCGGGUCGAUGCCGGGCAAGGCGUUCGAGCAGGUCAACUUCGCGGGGGGGAUCCCGCAGUAUGCGACGGAGAUCCGCGAGAAGCUGGACGGCUGGGUCGGGUUCGAUGUCGUGAGGGAUACUCGUGAUGUGAGCAGGCUCUGAGGCGGUGGGUGCAUGCAUGACGGACAGUUUUGGGUAUUGAGUAUCUAUAAGGACCUUUUCUCGGCAGUUAAGCUUCCGCUUCAAAUCACAUCGUUCAUGUUCA